AUGGUGGAGCUUCCCAAAUCUCUCUCUUCCCACACUCUUCUCAAGCUGCUCAAAGCCCAAAAGUCCCCUCUCUCCGCUCUCCACCUCUUCGACGCCUCCACCACCCGCCCCGGCUUCUCUCCCUCCCCCGCCGUAUUCCACCACAUCAUCCGCCGCGUGGCUGACGACCCCGCCCUUCUCAUCGCCCACGCGCCCCGCAUCGUCUCCUCCAUCCGUUGCCGCUGCCGCGAGGAGGUGCCCCUCACGCUCCUCAAAGCCUACGCCAAAACCCGCAUGCCCGACGAAGCCCUGCACGUGUUUCAAACCAUGCCGCACGUGUUCGGGUGCUCCCCCACCGUACUCUCCUUCAACACCCUACUCAACGCGUUCGUGGAAUCGAACCAAUGGGCACGCGCUGAGGGCUUCUUCAAGUACUUUGAAGCCGAGGGCGUGUCGCCGAACGUUGAAACCUACAACGUUCUUAUAAAGGUCACAUACGGUACUUUGAUUAGUGCAACCGCGAGGAGUGGGGAUUUGGGGUUUGCGGUUGAGGUGUUCGAUGAAAUGUGUGAACGAGGGGUGGAGCCUGACGUGAUGUGUUAUAACAUGAUCAUUGAUGGGUUUUUCAAAAGGGGGAAUUUUGGGAAGGCCAGUGAGAUGUGGGAGAGGUUGUUGAGGGAGGAGUCGGUGUUUCCCAGUGUUGUGAGUUAUAAUGUGAUGAUUAGUGGGUUGUGUAAGUGUGGGAAGUUUAGUGAGGGUUUGGAGAUAUGGGAGAGGAUGAAGAGGAAUGAGAGGAGGCAUGACUUGGUUUUCGAGGAGAUGGUUCGCAGAGGGGUUAGGCCUGAUGUUGUUACGUGUAAUGCAAUGCUUAAUGGGUUGUGUAAGACGCGGAAGGUUGAGGAAUGUUUUGAGUUGUGGGAGGAGAUGGGGAAGUGGGGUUUGCGGAAUGUGAGAAGUUAUAACAUAUUUCUCAAGGGGUUGUUUGAGAAUGGGAAGGUGGAGGAGGCGGUGUCAAUUUGGGGUGGUUUGUCGGAGGCAGAUUCUGCUACUUAUGGUGUGGUGAUUCAUGGUUUGUGUAGGAAUGGGCAUGUGAAUAGGGCUUUGCGGGUGUUGGAAGAGGCUGAACAUAAAGGAGGUGGUGUGGAUGUGGAUAUCUUUGCUUACUCGCCAAUGAUAAACGCGUUGUGCAAACAAGGAAGAUUAGAUGAGGUGCGUGGGGUUGUAGAACUUAUGAAUAAGCGUGGCUGUAAAUUUAACGUUCAUGUUUGUAAUGUGCUGAUUGAUGGGUUUGUUAAACAUUCCAAACUUGACAGUGCUGUUAAAUUUUUUAUGGAAAUGAGCAGCAAAUGUUGCUCACCAAAUGUUGUGUCCUAUAAUAUUCUUAUAAAUGGAUUAUUGAGAGCUGGAAGAUUUCGUGAGGCUUAUGAUUAUGUUAAUGAAAUGUUGAGAAAAGGGUGGAAACCAGACAUUAUCACGUACAGCAUAUUGAUAGAUGGUCUUUAUGAGAGCAGGAUGGUGGAGGCAGCCCUUAGGUUGUGGCAUAUGUUUCUUGACACUGGACGUAUGCCUGAUAUUAUUAUGUACAACAUUGUCAUCCAUAGACUUUGUUGUUCUGGCAAAGUGGAGGAUGCUCUGCAGCUUUAUUCAACGAUGAGGCAGAGGAAGUGUGUUAAUCUUGUGACUUACAAUACCAUCAUGGAGGGUUUUUACAAAGUUGGGAACUGCAAAAUGGCAGCAAAGAUUUGGGAUCACAUCUCAGCAGAUGAGCUACAACCUGACAUCAUCUCGUAUAAUAUUACUCUUAAGGGGCUCUGUUCUUGUGGUAGAGUAACAGAUGCAAUUGGGGUUCUAGAUGAUGCUUUGGUGCGUGGUGUUCUGCCAACUGCCAUUACCUGGAACAUAUUGUUACUGGCGCUGGCCUACAUCUACUAUAUACAGGCAUAUUACGGUAUCAGGUACUUUGGUGCAAUACAGCUUGUCUCUAGGGUGCCUAAAGUUUGGGGCUCAAGUUAUAAGCUUCCACUUGGGUUUAUUGCUCAUGCAAUAUCCAUUAAUAAUUCUGUUUCCCAGAAACUCGCUGUCAGUCUCAGUAAAAAUUGA